CGUACGAUCCAUCCGCUCUCUCUCCCCCAUAGACGCUUUCUCCGUCGAAGCUCGAGCUCCAUAGCUCUCUCUCUCUCUCUCUCUCCCUCUGCUCACUGCUCUCCGGCCAUAAUGUCAGUGUCAGCAAACGCGCAGAGAAGCCGCAAGGGGAAGAGGAAGCAUAACCGCAAGCCCUAAUCAAUCGCUUUACUUGCGGCACAAGCACUCGGGAACUGGUUUAAAGGGUCCUCUUUGGGUCUUCUUGUUCCCCCUUUGGAGUGGGUUCGCCGCAAUUUCUGAAAAUGGCAGCACCGCACUCGGAUGCUGCGAAAAUGGAGCAAAUUAUUACCGAAUUCUUCGCCAAAAGCCUCCAUGUGAUACUCGAAUCGAGGACCCCUUGUGUGCCUUCUAGUGAUACGAGCGGGGAAAAGGCUGAUUCAUCCCGACCGUCAUUGUCCGAUUCAUCCUCCUCGGGCGUGAGGCCGAGAGAUAAGUGGUUCAAUCUGGCCCUUAAGGAAUGCCCUGCUGUCUUUGACAGUAUCGAUACUUGGAACUGGAGCAAUCCUGAGUGUAUGGUGAUCGAUGUGAUCCUGAUCAAGAAAGUGGUUGAUUCGGUUUCUGGGGAUCAUAGUGAGGCGAGGGAAGAGGGUGAAGAAAGAAAUGAAAAGAUCAUCGAGAGAUGGGUGGUGAAAUACGAGGUCAAGAGGGCUGAGUCCGAGGGCCCUUCUAAGGGGAGAAAGAGGUCGGGCAAGAGUAUCUUGUCUGCGCUGUACAAGAAGUCAAUCCUCCUAUUGAGAUCACUUUAUACGACUGUCAGGCUUUUGCCCGCUUAUAAAGUCUUCCGACAGCUCAGCCUUUCGAGCAGUCUCUGCUCGUGCUUUCUAGCCCACAAGGUUUCUUCCUUUGCUGAGCCCUUAGAUCCUAAAGAAGAAGCAAAGAUGCAGCUUCGUGGUUUUGCUCCAUUAUACACCUCCUGUGGGAAGCUGUGCCUCUCGGUUCUGUAUCUAUCGAGAAUGUCAGAAGUUGUCUCGCAAACUUCAUCAAUGCCCGUGGCUCCAAAAUUUAUACCCGAUUAUGUGGGAAAUCCCUUAACUGAACCAGUCAAGAGUUUCCCUUCACUUUCUGAAGCACCUGCUUUUUUGCCUUCGAGGCAAUAUUAUUCAGCUAAUUCCCCACCUUCCUUUGCUUCAUCGCCUUCAUCGACGCACUCCGACUCUUGUGCUUUACCCCCACCUCAUCCACUUGUAAGUGCAAGUUCCCGUGAUAAGGGUGCUGAUGAGACUGGUAGUUUGAUGCAAGCUGGUGCAGCAGUUAACACGAUAUCCUUUUCUGGCAGAGAUGAAUGUGAUGAGAGGAAACCACUCAGAAACUUCCAGGAUGAGUUCAGUUAUUCUGAGAUUACCUGUGUAUUUGAUGUGGCUGGUAAUAAUCCGACCAACUCAUCAAGCAGAGAAUCUCAGAUUGCUGCUAUCGGUACUCUGGUAGAUAGUUUUCAGAAAGCCCAGCCCCUGAAGCGCCUAGUUAUACCGAGGACAACUGCCGAUGAUGCUUUCAGGGAGUUAGAAGGUUACAUACAGAUUAGUAAAUCUUUUGCAGCUGAUAAGGUUCGUGAAGGGCCCUAAAACAGCAAAAGGAUAUGAUGGAACUCUUCAGGAAGAUGUGGCAUUAGACUUCCUGGACAAUGGGUGUAUUUUAGAGGGUCUCAUUGAAUCUUGUUAUUUCUGUACAGCUUUAGAGGUCUUUUUCUAUAUGUCACUUUAGAGUUCCGAUUCUUGGACAGGAUUCGGCAGGCAGAUUUUGGAUAAACCAAUGUAAUCAUAAAGAAGAAAGAUACUGUUGUACAUAUAGCAUGCUGAUAAGUUAUUUUGUAGGUAAAGAUAAAUGGUCUGAGUACCGAGUUUUGCACUGGUUAAUGAGAAAUCAAGGGAUAGUAUGUUUCUCCUCUU